GAGAAUAUUCAAACAUGGGUGCUGAGUGUUACUUUGACAACAUUAGACUGGCUAAAUGGGCAGACAUGCUGUUCCUGUGUGUCUUGCCCUCUCAACUAGCUCAAGUCUGCGCAGACAUCCGCUGCCAUCUGUCUUCAGGCUGUCUGGUGUACAGCUUCACCUCAGCAGUGCCACUCAACAGGCUUGCUGUGCUCCUUGACCACAGUUCUAUUAUCAAACCCCAGUAUGAGUUUGUGGCUUGUGAUGAUGUCAAUAGAAUUUGGCAUCUUCACGAUCAGGUUACCGCAGCUUUACAGGAUAAGGACGUGAUUUCAGCCUCAGUUCCUCUUUCAAUCAAUGGUGGCCUCUUCCUGGAUCAGAGAUGGAUAUCUGCUGUGCUCUACAGUCUCCUCAACAUGUGCACGGCUCAGAAGCUGGGCUCCGGAAAGACUCUUCGGCUGCUAAACGGGCUGUUUGAGACAAACACAUUCACUUAUCACAGUCUUGUAAAUUCACCCAGUGCAUCUGAUCUCAAUAACCCUGAUGACCUUUUUCCGUGGAUCAGUUUGGUUGAUGCACAAACUAAAGACACUCCAUUGACUGAUUUGGUGUUGAGAGAUAAAGGUUUGCGAGACUGCAUUUCAGUUAUGUACUACAAUGUAUUCUCAAACUUAGCAGAAGGAUAGGACAUAGGUUCAGUUCAAUGAGACAGCAAUUAAAUUGUGCAACAUUUAAGUUUGAGUGUGUAAAUUUUUGUGUUCAUGUUCAAUCUGUUUAUCUUUAACCAGCAGGUGUUUGUAAAGUGAAGUCUAAAAUAAGUGUUAAUU